UUGAUACCUAAACUAGACAUUUUACAGAGUUGGUAGGACACUAAAAACGAUAUAUUUCCUUAAUAUUUUCAUUUUGUAUAAUGUUGGAUGAAUACAACUUUUCGUUACACAAACAAAAGUACAAAAACGUAUUUAACGCACCUUUGUACGAGUGACGAUAUACUGUUGCAUGUACUUCAAGAACAUACAUGUAUAACAUUUGUUAAUUCUUCACUUUAUUCUUUUCAUAUUCUUUUCACCUUUCAUAAUGCCUGUCCUGCAUGUAGGGUGUGAAAAAUCAUAAGAGGCGACUAAAUUUGGGAUAGCAUAUUUUUCUUCUUUUAAGAUAACUUUCUUCUUCCUAAUGUCUCCCUAGACGAUACCUUACGUUUUGCCUUAAGUUGAGUGUUCGCCCCUGUGUGGAAGGCUUUCGGUUCUAUCCCGUGACGAGAAAUACCAGAGUGUCUUCUGCUUUGCAGUAAUAGGGAUGACUGGUUCCCCAGUUGCCAGUAUAAUGUGAUCAGAUUCGAAGUAGGCUUCUAAUCGCUCUGUUGGUAAUUGGUUUGUUCAUCGACCGAUUUUUCACUCCGACGUGGAACCAGUUGGCAGACCUUGUGAAUGUGUACGGAUGGAUAUUUCCUAAGCCAUCGACUAUGGAUAUUUGGAGUGAUGAUGCGUUCUUUGGAAGGCAGAGAUUAGUUGGGGUAAAUCCGUUCGUCAUUAAACGCUGUAUCGCAAUACCAAAUAAUAUGUUAUUGAACAUUAACGAGAGGAGGGCUCCCCUGGAGAGAGUAUUGCAACAGAAAUCUGAUGAUGAGAAUUACACUCUGGAUACAGCCAUCGAAGAUAACAGACUUUUCAUCGUGAAUUAUGACAUUCUGAAUGGGAUGUUUGAUCAAUUCGGAGUCUGUGCUCCUAUUGCGCUGUUCCUCGUGGAUUCUAACGAUGAACUGAUGCCCGUCGCCAUACAGUUACAGCAAGAAGAGGGGGAAAAUAACCCGAUGUUCUUGCCCGGAGACCGAAGCUGGUUGAUGGCAAAGCUGUGGUUCAACCACGCAGACAGUUCAUUUCAGGAAUCAUUUUCACACCUAGGUGUUACUCAUCUGUUAAUGGAGAGUGUAGCUGUGGUUACACACCGGAACCUCAUUCAGACCCAUCCGAUUUUUCAAGUACUGGCUCCACAUUUCCAUUACCUUCUGGCUAUCAACACUGAAGCAAGAGAAUAUCUGAUCUCAAAUAAUGGAUUAGUUGACCAGACGUUAUCAAUCGGCAGAAAUGGAAUGAUGGAGAUCAUCAGAAGAAGAUUGGCGGAUUGGAGGAUGGACACUGGCGGAAUACUACCGGCAGAUCUUGAAAACAGAGGGGUAACAGGCGAUGGUAUCCUACCUAACUACUAUUACCGUGAUGACGCACUUCUUGUCUAUGGGGCUAUCAACGAUUAUGUCACGGCGUAUGUCGGACUUCACUAUAAUGAUGAUGGCAAUAAUGGCCUACCCCAAGUCAUUGAUGAUCCACAAAUACAGGCUUGGGUGUCGGCGAUCAUUUCUGAAAGGCAAAUUGAAGGCGGUGGUUGCGGAAUAAAGGGACUUCCGUUGAAUAAUAAUCGCCAAAUAGCUACAAAUGAGCAGCUGAUUCAAAUCCUGACCUGUAUCAUAUACAUGUGUAGCGUGAGUCACGCGGUCACCAAUUUCCCACAGUACGAGCAGUACGGCUUCCAGCCAGCCUAUCCUAUUGGCAUGAGAGGGAUGCCGCCUCAGGACCCGAACGCCGCGCUGAAUAGCGGAGACAUCAUCAGAGCCAUUCCAUCCAAAUUCACCUGCCUAUUGGAAAUGGCUUUGAAGAAGUUCCUGAGUACAAGGAACACCAACCUUCUGGGUCAUUUCGACAAUUUUACAUUUCCUGGUGACAGACCCGUACAAAAUCAGUUCCAAGAUAAUUUGCGAAUAGUUGCUGAAGAGAUCAAUAGACGGAACACACAGAGAGCACACCCUUACCCGUGGGCAAGUCCUGAAAAAAUCCCAAAUUCAAUCAGCAUUUAGACCGAACAACAUCAUGUCUUCUAUCAAUAUUUAUACCCAUCUGGAUCAACUUCAUGACUUUUAUCAGCAUCUAGACCUAGCAACACGCCGAAUUCCACCUCACCCCGAUCAAGGACAAAUAAUUCAAAUUUCUCCGGUAAGGCACAGUUGCAUCGUAUGUAUUUCAGCUAGGUUGUUUACUCACCGACGAACUAGAUGGUCAACAGCAUAUCAACUUACCUAAGACUAUUGUCAAAUGUGUAUAAUGUAAAAGACGAUGGAAAUAAAAUUUACAUGAGUGUUUGGAACAAUGAAAAUUGGUUUGUUACUUAGUAAUCGCUAAUAUACAAGUCCCUCAACAUACUAUGUAGGUCGUAAAGAUCAAAAUUAAAUAGUUAUAUUAGUGUAUUCAAAAAUUUCCUUCAUUUAAAUAUCACUGAGAAUUUUCAGAAAAUUGAAAUGCAGAAAAACCACUUGUAUAAACAUAUUGAAAGAAAAUUAGAUUUUGAACUAGAAAAUAAUGUGAUAUAGCUACACAAAUAAUGGUCUAUAAGAAUCGAAGUUUUCUGAUAGAGUAAACCUUUGUAAAAAUGGGGUGUAUAAUUAGUGAAAUUGGUUACUAAUCGUAAGUGAAUAUAUAAAAGAAUGUGGUAUUGCAUGUAAUUAUGUGUUUUUUAUCAUUUUAAUUUUUUCUGUUAUCUCUCAUCUUUAUGCAGAGUUGAAGUAUACACAUUUAUUGAUUGACAUGAAUAUCAUAUAUUUUUAGAUGUAAAUAAUACUUGACUUGUGGUAUCCCUGUCGCUUAUCCUUAAGACAGAGGGCAUGGAGUAGGUCUCUAUUUUCCCUUAAAGCUAGCCAUUGUUGACUUAACUUCGAAGCUGACCUAUUUUAAAAGGGUUCUGUUAUUUUCCAAACCAUGCAGACAAUGAGCUUUGUGCGGUUAAGACUUGAAGAAAUACGAGUCGAGUUUUUAUCGUAAUUGUUGUUUCGUUUUAUGAAAAAAAGACAGAUACAAGAAAACCUGGUUUAAGAUACAACAACCCGAAAAAUAUUAAGUAGUUAAUGUUUUACUGCAGUGUCUAUGAAGUGAACAUUUCUUUAACAUUUUAUAUUUUAUAUUUUAAAUCAUUAUUAAAUGUGAAUAUAUUAUUUUUUUGGGAAUGUCUCCAAAAUAUUAUUUAUAAAAUAAAUUAAGGGUUUAUAUACUACAUCUAUUUGGUUAAAAAAGUUUUAUGAUUCUACUGAUAACCAUGCUGUAAUUUUACAUUAUACUGUUAACCAUGCUAUUAUUUAACAUAAUACUGAUAACCAUGCUGUAAUUUUACAUAUUGAUAACCUGCUGUAAUAUUACACUAUAUUGUUAAUAAUGCUGUAUUUUUUACAAUAUACUGUUAGCCAUGCUUUAAUUUAACAUUCUACUGAGAACCAUGCUGUAAUAUUACAUUAUACAGAGAACCAUGAUGUAAUAUUACAUUAUACAGAGAACCAUGCUGUAAUAUUACAUUAUACAGAGAACCAUGAUGU